AUGGAAACACUCACUGAUGUUGCCGACUACGAUGCCGGCGAAGCGUUUGAGAAUGUACCAACUCCACGGUCUGAUGCUGGGAAUUACGAUAAGGAUCAGGUGCGUUUACUAAGUCGCCCUGACAAGACCAAGCUGCGAUAUUUAGGUCAGCACACUUCUAUAAAUCGAAAGGAUACCGCAACCAUACCACGGGCCACACCAUCUUGGUCUUCAUAUCUUUAUAGGGAUGGUUCGACCUUGUUUUCGCAACUUGGUCGGAGCGUCAGUGAAACCUUGUGGAACGUACCUAGUCUCGUGUUCCCUACCAUAGUAUUCGUGAUUUCCAGUAUUGGACCAUUGACUGGGUACAUUCACAAACACUUCGCCGGCAUCGUCACGAGAGGUGUCAUCGUAAGCUAA